AGUGUGUCAGUGUGUGUUCCACAUACUAAAAACAUAUAUGUACAACUUUGAAACUAGUAGCGGAGUAGAGGAAAGAGACAAACCGACACCGAAACUGUGUUAAUAAAUACCGCCGGCGUGCAAUGAGUACUAGUCCGAGGAGAUCAUCCCUAUUUAUAAAGCUCAAGUUGUCUACUAUUUCUGUGGCUUUUGUUUCUGCUUUAGCACUUGCAUUUGCGCUUCCAGAUCAACAGUUUAGAGGAGGUAGUGAAGUGAGCAGUGGACCUAAAGAGGAUAGUUUUGCUGAUAUGAUCGAUCGAGCUCUCGAAAAAGAGUUCGCUGAAAAUGAUCAAGGUUUCAAUUUACUCACACCUUUAUAUAAACUUGCUCACAGCGUUUUACAACCUAUAACUACUCACAGUGGAGAUAUGAGUUUAAACUCUGUAAAUCUUCAUUUUCUGCUUUCAGAUAGACUACUUUGUUUAUUGAUGCGACCUUGUCUAUAGUUUCAUUAAUUGCUGUAUCUAGUAAAAAUAAAUAAAUUAGUCCCUUCAUCCUAAUUUAUGUGGCAUAGUUCGGAUUUCGAGAGACAAAAGUUUAUUUUAACCGUGAAUUGGGGCAUGUAAUGUUCAAGUUUUUUAAAUACAAUUUACAUAUUUAGAAACUACGUAAAAAGUACUAUAAAUCACAAUAAUUGACAAUUUAAAAUAUAUGAAAAAAGAAAGACUAGUUUGAAUCUCGAAAACCGAAAGGUGCCACAUGAACGGAGGGAGUAAUAUGUAUGAAGAUCUGCUUUUGUAGUUGUCAUAUGCAAUUUUGGAAGGUUGGUAAAGUAGAAAAAAAAAUCAGCUAUUUACGGAUUGCGCGAUGUAUUUUUCUUAUUUAAUUGGCAGCUAAUGAUGCGGGAAGCUUCAAUAAUAGUGUGGCCGAGCAGCAGGAUGUAUGAAUUGCCAACUUACUAAAUAUAGAAAGAGGCACUUUCUUUGGGACAGACCAAAAGGAAAGUAAGACACUUGAAUUGGGAAGGAUGGAGUAUCUUAUAACUUGUAACAACUUAAUGAUGUCUUUUUUGCUGUUUACACUCAGGCGGUGUUGGAAACUGUGGCUAGAGUUAAGCCCAAGAAAAAUGACACGAAGAAAGAGGACAAGUACAUGCUUCGUUUAUUUUCACAAAUCCUUUCAACUUCAUCAUGUUUUCAAACUUGAUAAUGACCAUGGAGCAGAGGAAACCCCAACAUUAAUAGAUAGGAAGGACAAUGUCUUUAUCAUCUCUAAUUUCAAGUCCAAGUAUCCGGUUUUACAGUUAGACUUGAGGUUGAUAUCAGAUCUGGUAGUGGUCAUUGUCUCUGCAACAUGUGGUGGAAUUGCUUUUGCUUGUGCCGGUCAACCGGUUAUAACUGGAUACCUACUGGCAGGAUCUAUUGUUGGACCUGGAGGCUUUAAUUUUGUCAGUGAAAUGGUGCAAGUUGAGACAGUGGCUCAGUUCGGUGUAAUUUUUCUUCUUUUUGCUUUGGGGCUAGAGUUCUCAACCACAAAGCUUCGUAUUGUUCGAGCAGUUGCAGUUCUUGGAGGCCUACUUCAACUUCUUCUUUUUAUAUGUCUAUGUGGAAUUACAGCCUCGUUGUGUGGCGGUAAACCUUCAGAGGGUGUAUUCGUUGGAGCAUUUCUCUCAAUGUCUUCUACAGCAGUGGUGUUGAAGUUUUUGAUGGAAAAGAAUAGUACAAAUGCACUUCACGGCCAGGUUACAAUUGGCAUUCUUAUUUUGCAGGAUUGUGCUGUAGGUCUUCUGUUUGCUUUGCUUCCAAUCUUGGGAGGCACGUCCAAUGUUCUGCAAGGGUUAAUAUCCAUGACAAAGUCGUUGGUCAUGUUGCUCUUAUUUUUGGCUUUUCUGUCAAUAUUAUCACGGAAGUGUGUGCCAUGGUUCCUGAAGCUGAUGAUAAGCUUAUCGUCACAGACCAAUGAACUGUAUCAAUUGGCUUCAGUGGCAUUUUGCCUCCUUGUAGCUUGGUGUAGUGAUAAGCUAGGUCUAAGCUUAGAGUUGGGUUCAUUUGCUGCUGGAGUGAUGAUUUCAACAACUGAUCUUGCCCAACAUACUCUUGAACAAGUUGAACCCAUACGCAACUUCUUUGCGGCGCUUUUUCUUGCCAGUAUUGGGAUGCUCAUCCAUGUUCAUUUCCUCUGGAACCAUGUUGAUAUCCUACUCGCAUCAGUGAUAUUAGUGGUCAUUGUUAAAACUGCUGUGACUUCUGCAGUUGUUAAAGCCUUUGGCUACAACAACAAAACCUCACUGCUAGUUGGAAUGUCUUUAGCACAAAUAGGAGAAUUCGCUUUUGUUUUGCUCAGUCGUGCUUCUAAUGUUCAUCUGGUUGAGGGUAAAUUGUACCUGCUGCUUCUAGGGACAACAGCUCUCAGUCUGGUGACUACGCCAUUGCUUUUCAAGCUUAUACCUGCUGUAGUUCACCUUGGUGUGUUGCUUCGGUGGUUCCCACCUGAUAGUCCAAGUGAGUUUGGAUUCAAAAGUGACAACUUCCGGUCUGAUAGUGGUAAACAAAGGAUUGCACUGAUAUCCAAGGAUCUGAUUCAUGAAGGUUAAUUUGUGAGGAAGGUCUAGAUGACCUAUUUUACUUGGAAAAGUGUUUCCCACUUCACAGCCUGAAUGGUGCUACAGAGGUUGUGGACUCUGGCUAAUUCUUGCCUCUUCCUAAUGCGAGGGACUUGAUAUGUUUUUCUUGUUAUUUAUCUUGACCAAACUAGAGAAAGGCAAAGCUAUACGUGCCUCUAAAGCUGGGAGAGACCUGGAUACAGAGGUAUUCUAACUGCAAACACAACUAACAAGUCGGAGCAUCAUGUUCACCUAAGGUAAUAGAUAGUUUUCCAAGUUAUUUGAUUCUUUCUUAUUUGUUCCUUCUCAAUGUAAAAUAAUUUUGGUUUAUGAUGUAAUUGUAACUGCUAUAUGAAUUCUCACUCCUAUUUCAUUUAUGAUCCACAUGUAGUUUCCAGAAUGUAACAGUUCAUGUUUUUAUGUACGACGUCAAUUGUAUAGAAAAAGUCGUACCUUAAA